AUGCCUCUGCACCUACUCGGCAAGAAGUCAUGGAACGUCUACAACGCCGACAAUGUAGCGCGCGUCAAGGCCGACGAGGCUGCCGCUGCCGCCCGCGAAGCUGCCCAUGAGCAGCGCAUGCAAGAGCUCGACGCCCAACGACGCGCUGCCAUUCUACGCGGUGAAACACCUCCACCACUACCCGAGGAAGCCUCGCCCAAACACUCAGAUGCGCGGGCUUCGAAGAACCGAGACGAGCGUGGACAUGGCCCAAAGAGGAGGAAGCUUGCCGGUGAGGAUGACACCGACAUGGACAUCCGCCUGGCCAAGUCCAUCACAGCCCCGGACGGCGAUGGCGAAGACAAGCACGAUGCUAAAGUCUUGAAAUUACGAAGCACAGCCAGCGAUGCUCCCCUGCACGACCAUGCCGGCCACAUCGACUUGUUCCCCGUCGACAUGAAGGAGGCUUUGAAACGCGAGAAGAAUGCCGAGGUUGAAAAGGAGAAGCGCAAAAAGGAAAGGGCUUUGGAAGAUCAGUAUACAAUGCGCUUUUCGAAUGCCGCUGGAAGAGGCGGAAUAGAGCAGCCCUGGUACGCAACUCAGCAGAGAUCCUCGCGAGAUGACGGAAAGGACCCCGACAACGCACACGAUGUAGCAGCAUACGAAGGCUUUGUAAAUAAGGAUGUCUUGGGUAACGAAGAUCCGCGGCGCAAGGAGAGGGAACUGGCCCGAAUAUCAUCCAACGACCCUUUUGCUUUCAUGCAACAGGCCCAGGCCCAGCUGAAGAAGGCCAAACGUGACAAGAAACUAUGGGCCGAGGAGCGCGAUAGAGAGUUGCGAGAAUUGCGGACGACGCAAGAUCAGGAAGAAAGUAGGAGCAGACAUCACAAGAGAAAGAGAAAAGACGAUCACGAUGACAAACCCUGUGAUCGCGACUCUGCUCCCUCUUCACGAUACAAGCACCGUCAUAGAAGUCGGAGCCGUAGCCGUGACCGACACCACCAUAAAUCUUCACAUCGUAGUGAGAGGCGAUGGAGUCGUAGCAGGAGUAGGGAUCGAGAUCGGAAUAGACAUAAACACCGGGAUCGCUCACGCGAAGGGCGUGAAAAGUCGAGGACGAAGUAG